AUGAUCAAGGACGAAUUGGAAAACAAUAACACUAUUCAACAGUAUAUAUGCCCCAACUGUGGAAGAAGAUACAAUGCUUUGGAUGCUCUGCGCUUGAUUUCUCUUGUUGAUGAAUACUUCCACUGUGAGAAUUGCGAUGGGGAACUUGUGGCUGAGAGUGACAAGUUGGCUGCCCAAGAAGGAGGAGGAGACGGAGAUGACAAUGUGAGGAGGCGGAGGCGUGAAAAAUUGAAAGGCAUGCUUCAAAAUUUGGAGGUACAACUUAAGCCAUUGAUGGAUCAACUUACCAGAGUGAAAGAUUUGCCUAUUCCUGAAAUUGGAAGUCUUCAAGCAUGGAUACUUCACGAAAAUGCUGCUGGGCAUGGGGUAAAUGGUGAUCCUAGUUCAAAUGAUGACUUCAAAUAUUCUGAAGGACUAGGGUAUGCUGGAACACCAAUGCCCUUUCUUGGGGAGACAAAGGUUGAAGUCGCCUUUGCUGGUGUUGAAAGCAAAGAGGAUAUCAAAUCUGAAACUGAAAGUACAGAUCUAAAAGUCAUACCGCCGUGGAUGAUCAAGAUGGGAAUGAACCUUACAAAGGAGCAACGUGGAGAGGUCAAGCAGGAGGCUAAGAUGGAUAGCAGUUCAGCAGCUGUAGAAUUCUCAGAUGAAAAGAAGUCUGCUCGAGAGACUGAUGACAGUAUAAAGGAGGAGUAUGCUAAAGCUUAUUAUGCUGCUCUGCUUGAACAACAGAGUCGAGUAGAAGAAUCUGCUAAGAAUCGGCAAGAGUUGUCUCAGACAUCCAUCUCCAAUGGCCUUUCUGAAUCAUCUUCCAUUCGUCAAGUGGGCGUGAAAUCUAAACGCGAGGAGGAUGAGGGAGAUGAUGACGUUGAAUGGGAAGAGGCUCCAAUUGAAGGUAAGUCUAAUAAUUGGAAUUGGACUGCCCUCCAAUCCUUUAAAGGACUAGGAUGGUUAAUGCAUGCACAUAUAGCAAGUGGCUUCCUGGCCCCCUGCAUAACAUGGGUAAUACCAUGA